CCCUCUCCCACCUUCUCAUAGGCUCAAGGAGAGCACCUGCCCCUCACUGACAAGGUACUUCAAGCUGCAGUUUUUCUACAUCCCUGUGAAGAGGAGCUGCUUGGCUCCAUCGACCCCGCUGAUGCAUCACUCCCCUUGCCUGGGUGACCCACAGCUCCGCACCUCGGCGCAGGGGGAUCCCACCUGGGCUGGGAUGGAGAGCAGCACCAACGACAUCUCCCACUACAUUGGCAUGUUGGACCCGUGGUAUGAGCGCAACGUCCUUGGGCUGAUGAACCUGCCCAUGGACGUCCUGUGUCAGUCUGCCAAGCCAGAGGCUGAGCCCCAGGAGGACUCCCAGGAGCAGCUGCCCAUCCUGGCAGAUAUGAUCCUCUACUACUGCCGCUUCGCCACGCGCCCCGUCCUGCUGCAGCUCUACCAGACGGAGCUCACCUUCAUCGGGGGAGAAAAGAUGACUGAAGUCUUCAUCCAUUCCCUUGAGCUGGGCCACUCAGCAGCCACGCGAGCCAUCAAGGCGUCAGGUCCGGGCAGCAAAAGGUUGGGCAUCGAUGGAGACAGAGAAGCAAUCCCGCUAACACUACAGAUCGCCUACAGCAAGACAGCCAUCAGUGGAAGAAGCCACUGGAAUGACAUCGAGAAGGUCUGCACAUCCGUCAACCUUAGCAAAGCCUGCAAGAAGUAUGAAGAACUAGCCUCAAAGACAGAGUGUCUCAACUUAACCAUGACGGAGGUGGUCAAAAGGCAAAACUCCAAAUCUAAAAAAAGCUUCAAUCAGAUCAGCGUGUCCCAGAUAAAAGUAGACAAAGUCCAGAUUAUUGGUGUCCAGUCCUCCUUCGCUGUGUGCCUGGACCAGGACGAGCAGAAGAUCCUGCAGAGCGUCACCAGGUGUGAGAUCUCCGUGUGCUACAAACCCAGGGACAGCGAUCUCUUUGCACUGAGAAGCUCUUCUUUGCCUCCCCAGGACCCCUCUGAGUUUCAUUCUCUCCUGUGUUUACCCAUUGCUACCUUCAGUGGAGCACUGCCGUAG